AACAAUGUCCAUACUUUGUUUUAAUUGAACUGUAACAGUAAGUUGGUAUCUUUGUUUUUGCUGCAUAUAACUUCACGCUGCAAUAGGGUGCGUCAAAGCGUGACUAUUUCAGGACCAACCCCUGCUGUGUUGAUUUUAUUGUGUGAAACACAUGCGUGUAUUUGAACAGGAAGCAGGUGGAACGUAAACAUCCUAUGAAUUUUAUUCAUCGGCGGAACUUUGUACAUGUAUGUUUUGUAUAGAAGAUCACGUUCGAUUUUCGUUUAUGGCAACAAUGCCAAUACUUUAUUUUAAUUGAACUGUAACAGUAAGUGGGUAUCUUUGUUUUUGCUGCAUAUAACUUCACGCUGCAAUAGGGUGCGUCAAAGCGUGACUAUUUCAGGACCAACCCCUGCUGUGUUGAUUUUAUUGUGUGAAACACAUGCGUGAACUUGAACAGGAAGCAGGUGGAACGUAAACAUCCUAUGGGUUUUAUUCAUCGGCGGAACUUGGUACAUGUAUGCUUUGAUAAAUUACAUAUUGCAUCAAGACUCUGAAAGCAUGAGAAGUGACGUUAGCCAUUCAGAACAUUUAGUGGAAAGUCAUUUAAAAGCUUUGAACAUCACUGACAUGUUAGGCGUGGUGUAGAUUUUCAUUCCUGCGGUAUUUAGUUCAUGCAGCAAACCCUCGCCACUUCAAAGCGGCCACCCCGCCAGUUAAACGUUAAGCGGCCAUUUACUAAUUGUGGUCAUGCAUUGUACAUGUAGAGUGCUGCAGACGUGUAGGCGCUAACCACAGAGCCACUAAUCGAAUGUGACAGCCGAGACACGUGGAACGAGGCAUACACAACUUACUACCAGUAGUCAACAGGACAAGUAGGAAAGCAUUGUCUUCGACAGAUAUGUCCUCACUGCUGAGAAAAAGAGGUGAAACAAUCGACGCCUGUAGACGGACAUCCGAAACCGCCAGUGUCGUAUUUCCUGUCUAAUUAUCCGUCAUGCUAGACAUCCGUGUGCUGCAGAUUUAGUGAUGAGUGUCCGCUGAUGUGUAUUGGUGUAUUGGUGAUUAAUGUAUUAGAACAACACUGCUUUAAACAUCCCUGUACGGUUCGUACAGCGUGGAAAUGACAGGCGCAGGAUUUAAGAAUCACUGGCGCACUUUAAUAUCGACAUCCCGCGUGACAUUGGGCUAUAUAAACAUCCUAGUAGCUUUCCAUUAACCAUUCAUGACAACCGCAUGGAGCACCAUGGAGCAUUGUAGCAACGACAGCUACGACAGCUACGACAGGAUGUACUGUAAGUCUUGAGUUGCCAGCCACUUACUUGUUUUCAAGAAUUUUUACUUCAUGAUAUGGCGACUUCGACGACAUACGAUUGGAUCACAACGGAACAUUCUAUAGUUGCCACAGACCUGCCGCAGUAUAUAUUAAACUUGACCCUGAACUCAGCCAACCUGACCACAACUAACGCCACCAAUGUGACACUACCCACCAUUGGCCGAAAGGUUUCGCCAACAUCGACCGCCAUACAGUUUACGUUUGGUGUAAUAGGGAAUUUGUUAGCCAUCUUUGUGCUGGUCAGAUCCGCUAAAAGUCAUAAAUGGCGGGUUUUUUACCGUCUGGUCGGUGCUCUGGCUGUGACAGACCUGUUUGGCAUUGUGGCCACUUCGCCUGUAGCCUUCAUUGUGUACGCUAACAACCUGAGAUGGGUUGGCGGCCAACCCCUUUGCGAUUACCUUUCCUUCAUGCUUAUCUUUGCUGGUCUGGCAACCGUGUUUAUUGUAGCAGCCAUGUCGCUUGACCGUUUUGUGGCCGUGUGGUUUCCGUAUUCGUACAGCGUCACCAUGAAGAAAGCGUCGCUGGUCAACCUAGCAGUGGUCAGUUUAUGGAUAGUAUCCAUUUCCAUCGCCUUUCUUCCUCUAAUUGGCCUCGGCCAAAACGUGCUACAGUUCCCGGGAACAUGGUGCUUCUUCAAUUUCUUCGGGACCGAUAUCAAAGACAAAUGUUUCGCCUACUUUUACGCCACGAUAGGAAUUAUAAUGAUAUUGUUGACAGCCAUUCUGAACUCUUUAGUAAUUCUCAUGUUAGCUAAGGCAAAUAGACAAAACGGGGUGAGGCGGAAGGCAAGCAGUGUGGGAUCACGGAGUGGAAAGUCACGGCGGAAUGAUGUGUUCAUCAUGAUAUUCCUAGUGGUGUUGAUGGUGGUAUUCGCCACGUGCUGGACUCCUCUAAUGAUUCGUAUUUAUAUACUUCAAGGUACCCACACUUCUUCCUCCUCAUUAGAUCGCCCCGCCGAUCUGUUAGCUCUGAGAAUGGCCUCCAUUAACCAACUUCUAGAUCCCUGGGUCUAUAUUCUGUUGCGGAAGGAAAACAUGUUAAGGGUGCUUAGGUUGAUGGAAAGGUUUCGGAAACACAAAGGUUUUAGGUGAGGAUAAUUAUCAACCAAAGUGGCGCCUAUCCUGUCGACCACUUAUCCGAUCUGAUGGCCGUCCGGCUUGCGUCGAUAAA